AUGGCCGCCGAGACGGUGACAGCCGCUGUUGAGGAGAUGAAGCUGGAAAACGGAGGAGAGAAAGACGUGAGCAAAGAUGACGUCGUAACUCCAUGGGAUGUGUCUUCUUCUUCGGCCACCGGCGUCGAUUACAACAAAUUGAUAGACAAAUUCGGUUGCCGGACCCUGACUGCCGAUCUGGUCGAACGAAUCGAGCGGCUGACCGGAAAGCCGGCGCACGUCUUUUUACGACGAGGAAUGUUCUUCGCUCAUCGGGAUUUGACCGCCAUCCUCGAUCGCAUCGAGCAAAAGAAGCCCUUCUAUCUGUACACCGGGCGCGGCGCUUCGUCUGGUUCCCUCCACCUUGGCCACAUCAUUCCCUUCAUUUUCACCAAAUGGCUACAGGACAUGUUCGACGCGCCACUUGUCGUGCAGCUGACCGACGAUGAGAAGUUCAUCUGGAAAGGGAUGACGGUGGAGCAGGCGAAGAAGAUGGCCAUCGAGAACAUCAAGGACAUCAUCGCCGUUGGCUUCAGCCCCGACCAGACGUUCAUCUUCAACAACUUUGACUACAUGUGCCCGCCCUUCUACGAGAACAUCGUCAAGGUGUGGAAGUGUGUGACGAACAACCAGGCACGCGCCAUCUUCGGGUACUCAGGCGAAGACCCGAUGGGAAAAUCCGCGUUCCCGGCCGUUGAAUGCGCGCCGUGCUUUGCCUCGUCAUUCCCGCACAUCUUCGGGACGAAGAAGGACAUCCCCUGCCUCAUCCCGUGCGCUAUCGAUCAGGACCCCUACUUCCGGAUGACGCGCGACGUGGCGCCGAAGCUGAAGUGCCCGAAGCCGUCGCUCAUCUUCAACACAUUCCUGCCCGCACUGCAGGGCGCCCAAACAAAGAUGUCGUCGUCGGACCCGAACUCGUGCAUCUUCAUCUCCGACACGCCCAAUCAGAUCAAGAAUAAGAUCAACAAGUACGCCUUCUCGGGAGGCCAGGCCACCGUCGAGGAGCACAAGCGGUUGGGCGGCAAUUGUGAUGUCGACAUUUCGUUCCAGUUCCUCAGCUUCUUCAUGGAGGACGACGCCGAGCUGGAGCGGAUCCGGAAGGCCUACACGUCCGGCGAGAUGCUGACCGGCGAGUUGAAGGCCGCCGCCAUCAAGGAGGUGCAACGAGUUGUCGCCGACAUUGCCGAGCGGCGCAAGAACGUCACCGACGAGACUGUUGAGGAAUUCCGAAAGAUCCACAAGCUGAAGUACGACUUC